UCUAACAAUUAAAACAAUUACGGCAUUGUGUCCGUUUCGUUUAGUCAUUCAUUUUACUGGCGUAAGCGAGCCCGUUUUGUAACACAACUCGCUUUGUAAACGAACGCGAGACGUAUAUUUUUACGUACAGCUUGGUAAACGUUUAACUCGGGCUGGUUUGCUCGAGAUUGAUCGAUAAAAUAAACGGGAGUGCACUGUUUGGACGUUGGUAUUUCUGUACUAUACUGCAUUACGUUUUGUGGGGAAGUUUAAAGGUGUGUGUUAUUAGGGCAGAUCUUGUUUCACACCUGCUUGUCGACAAGUGACGAUGUUAAAUUAAAACAAGAGGGGCAUUGACGCAAGAAACACUCUCCUACGGCCCUUUAUUAUAGACGACGUUUAAUCCGUGUGGGCGGGAAAUAAAAAAGACCAAGAAAGAGAUAAACAACCGGGAGCGGGUGUGUCAUUGGAAUAGUUCAUUUAUAAGAGGUUUUGGCGGUGUCUUGCGAUAGUUUCAGUAUCGUUUCAGUAGCUGAAACGGAAUUAUUUGAUUGCGCACGUAUGAAAUUCCUAAUGGACAUCAUAAUUCCGCCCUUUCGAGGUAUCAAUGGUAAAUGCAAUGUUGAUAUGACGAAGAAAAAUAAUUUUUUGCAAUCACAAACUGAUGAAACUUGCUGUGAUUAUCCACUGAAGGUUCUUGAUAAUCUAAAUGCUCUAAGACAAAAUUCUAGAUUUUGUGAUGUGGAAAUUAUUGCUGGGGAGAAAAUUAUCAAGGCUCACAAGGCAGUUUUAGCAGCUAGUAGUAACUAUUUCCAAGCAAUGUUUACUGGUGGAUUAUGUGAAAAAGAUCAAAAUUCCGUCGAAUUACACGCCAUAUCACCAAAUACUUUAGAAUCUCUAAUAGACUUUAUAUAUUCUGGUAAAGUGUGUAUAAGUCAAAAUAACGUGCAAGAAUUGAUGAUAGCUGCUGAUAUGUUGGAGAUGCAUGAAAUCGUUUCAUGCUGUUCAACUUUUUUAAUCAAAGAACUCCAUCCAAUUAAUGCCAUUGGCAUUUAUAGAUUUGCAGAAGGUCAUAACUGGCUUAACUUAGCAAAUGAAGCAAUGGGUUAUGUAGAAAGUCACUUUCCUGAAAUUUGCCAAGAAGAAGAAAUUUACGAGUUACCAAAAGAAGAAUUUAUCAAGUUUUUAUCAUCAGAAAGAUUGCGUGUCGAUUCGGAGUUUCAAGUUUUUCAGGCUGCUAUUAAAUGGGUUGAGCAUAACAUAAUAGAUCGUAGGAGAUAUGUUUUUGAAAUUUUAAAGUACGUUCGACUUCCACUUUUUUCUAUCAAUUUAUUAGAAAAAGCAGUUAAUGAUUGCACAGAUGGUAGCUUAAAAGUCGCAUUAAAAUCCGUUCACAACGAUUUAAUUAAUAGAAAAGGUUGUCUUGUUACCUUGUCAGUUUUACCUAGACAUUUAGCCAAAAGAGAUAUAUACGUUAUUGGCGGGAAUAAAAGAGAAUUGGCUUGGCAUAGGGGAACAGAAAGUAGCUACGUUAGUGUUGUUAAAUUUAACACAUUCACCAAAGAAUGGACAACAGCUCCAGAUUUAAUAGUAAAUCGUAUUGUUCCGGGUGUAGCCACAUUAAAUGGAAAAAUUUACGUAGUCGGUGGUGAACAAGAAUCAACAAGUCUAAACAGCUGCGAAUGUUAUGAACCUGACGAACCCUGUUGGAAAAGUGUGGCAAGUAUGAUCGUCCCAAGAUGCGAAUUUGGUUUGUGUGCUUUAAACGGAUAUCUUUACGCUUUGGGGGGUUGGGUUGGAAGCGAUAUUGGUGGGUGUAUAGAAAGAUACGAUUCAAGAAUCGAUGAGUGGAAACAUGUUGGUGUUAUGCCAGAACCUAGAUUUAGUAUGGGAGUUGUAACAUAUGCAGGAUUAAUUUAUAUGGUUGGUGGUUGUACACAUUCAAGAAGACAUUUAACGGACCUAUUAAGCUUCAAUCCACUAACUGGGGAAUGGAAAUCUUUACCACACAUGACUGUUGCGAGAUCACAAAUGGGCGUUGCAGUUAUUGAUGAUUAUUUAUAUGUUAUUGGGGGCGAUAAUAAAAACAGUAUUCUUGAUUCUGUUGAAAGAUAUUCUUUUAAACAAAAUAAAUGGAGUAAAGUUCCAUCGAUGAUGGUAGCAAGAAGUAGACCAGCAGUAGUCGUUGUGGACAAAUUAUUGUACGUUAUCGGGGGAUCCCAGACGACCGACGAUUUUUACAGAGCCCAAUUCACUUUGGAUUCGGUGGAAUGUUACGAUACGGUGUCAUAUCGAUGGACAAGUUGUCCAGCUUUACCUGAAAGUAGAGCUGAAUCUGGUGCGGUUGUGAUAUGAAUUCAUUUUUUUAUGAUUGUACUUGAGCUUCCAAUGUGAAUAAUGUGGUAUAAUAAUUUAAAUUCUUAUCAAAAAUCGUAAUCAUACCAACCAAAUAUAAAAUUAAUACUUAUGUGAUCUCAUUAUACCAAAUCUCAUUUACUUGUUUCAUAUUAUGUAUAUUUUUAUUUGAAUCGUUGUAAUUAAUUGAAGUCUAAGUAGCAAAAAACAAUUUAUAACAAAAAUCAUAAGUUUAACGUUUAAAUGUGAUUUUGCGCCUUACAAAAAACAGUUACCUGAUUUUGUUCUUAAAUUAGUUUUUUUUGCAAAUGUGUUAAAUCGUCGUAAUCUAAGUAGUGUAGCAAAAAGUUUUUUUGCAUUCUUUGGAGUCGUAGUAAAAAUUACUUUUUGUUUUUAUGACAAUUUGUACUAAAUUUUGAACACUUAUAUUAUUCACCAAUACGUUUAUUUUUAAUAAUAGAAACCGAUGUAUUUACGUUUUGUGACUCUUUCAUAUUGACCAACUAAUAAAAACACUUUGAUAAU